AUGUCCAACAACCAGAAGCGGGGCAGUGACGACAAGCCCGCAAACACACACCGCCACCGCAACGAGACCGACUCCUCCUCCACAGACCCCAAUCCCAAUGAAGGCCCAAACAGCUCUACUCUGGCCAGUCGGAUUCAGAAUUCGGCCUCAGGUCUCGCAAGAAAUGCCUUUGCCGCUCCGGGCUUGUCAGCCGAUACCGCUGAGCUGCUGGCGGGCAGCGGUAAGGCCGGGCCCUCAUCGUCACCCUCGGCACUAGCAGCAGCACAACAACACUACCAGGAAACCUCAAUUUCUGCCUCUCCCUCUACUCGAGACCGAUCGAUACAUACCCCUGCUGAAACAUUUCGGUCGACCUCGACCGUACAACGAUCCGGGGGGUUCGAGCUCCCUCCGCUCACAGAAGAUGAGUUCCAGCGCACGGGAUCCUUCAACAACAACAACAGCGACCUCGUCGAUUUAGACCCUCAAGGCGAAGGCAAAGGAAAAGGAAAAGAAACAACCGGAGACCUAUACCAAAAAGAACCCAGCAAUCUCACCUCCUCGCAGGACCAGCGAUCCCUUCUCCCCUCAGAACCCUCCCUCGUCCCCUCCGACGGCUCCGCCGUCCUAUCCCUCCUUUCCGACCGAACAUUCGACCCCGAAUUCCCGCCCUCCGCCCACGAACCCCCCGAAAUCAUGCUCGACUCCUUCCGCCGCCUGAUCCCACCUGAACAAACCCAAAACCAAACUUCCCCCCCCCACAAACUGACCUCCCUCAGCCUGGUCCCAGAUAUCGGUACCUUCCUCGACACAGUCCCGUCAGGAGCCGUGACAAAUUCCGACGUAGCCAGCCUGCGAGAUGCCGUGCUGACCGGGUUACCCGGCGGAGCGGAUUGGGUGGCGGUCGAGGAACGAUACCAUGAUGAGGUCUGGGGCUACCUGCGCCCUACGCUGGAGGCGGCCGCUAAGGAGAUGGAAUCCAAUAGGGACUCCCGGGGAGAGGAGGAGGGGCCUGCUGUGCGACGCUUGAAGAUGAUCUUAAAGCACAUGCAGCAUUGA